CUUGACAUUCCACUUGACUCAGCACCAGCCGCAUGACCAUAAGGCUGCAGGCUUCAUUCUUGUUAUUCUCGUCGCACUCUUCUAUCUUCUACAUACUCACCCCGCCAAUAUGUCCGAACGCAAAGUCCUCACAAAGUACUACCCUCCCGAAUUCGACCCCUCCCAGAUCGCUCGCACUCCCAAACACCUGCGCCCGACAGGUCCCAAGACUAUCGCAGUCCGCUUGAUGGCCCCCUUCAGUAUGAAAUGUACCUCUUGUGGCGAAUACAUCUACAAAGGCCGAAAGUUCAACGCCCGGAAGGAAACCACGGACGAAAAGUAUCUCAACAUUACCAUCUACCGUUUUUACAUUCGUUGCACGAGAUGCAGUUCCGAAAUUACGUUCAAGACCGACCCAAAGAAUAUGGACUACACCUGCGAAAGAGGAGCAAAGCGGAAUUUUGAGUCCUGGCGUGAUCCUGAGAGCACCGAGUUGAAGGAAACAGACGAAGAGCGACUGGACAGGCUUGAGAGAGAGGAGGCCGAGGAAGCAGAAAAUGCAGAAAGAAAUGCCAUGGAGGAACUCGAGCAGAAAAUGGAGGAGAGCAAGAGAGAAAUGCAGGUCGCCGAUGCCUUGGACGAGAUCAUGCAGCGGAAUGCACGCAUCGAGAGAGGCGAGAAAGGUGGCAAAGAAGAGGAGGCUCUCGCUCAAGUCAGAGACCUUGCAAGGGAAAAAAGAGAAGCCGAGGAGCGGGAAGAUGCUGAAGCUGCACGGAGAGCUUUCGAGAGCGCCAGUGUUGCGCAAGCCAGACUUGAGGAGAUAAAGCUUCGAAAGCAGGCCUCGAAGCACGACGAAACAGAAAGAGCACCACAACCUCCUCCCUCAUUCGAAAGAGUCAAGAAAGUGAAGAAUCCUCUUGUUCCUGGCCUGGUGCGGAAGACUGAACCGGCACCGGCACCAGCACCCGCUGUACCUACGAAGCCAGCAGGCCUUGGCCUGGGUGAUUACGACUCGGAUGAGGACUGAAAGUCAAUGACUACGAUCGGCAAGCUUGCAGCAUUCUGCAAGAGUCUCGUGACGCACGAUAAUUCAGACGUCGCCCAUAGGUCAAGGCAUAUUCCACCUCGAUGGCUUCGCCGACACAUAAGGCGGGUUUGGCCAACACCACCUUUGGCUCCUCAACUGAAGGCCUCGGCGCCAAAUUUUCGGUUACGGCAGCGAUGUGAUGGAUAUGACUUCUUACGACCAUGUUGGCCUGACGAAACCUCGAUGCAGGCUCCCUUGCUUGCUCUAGCGAACAGAAGCACAUCGAGCAUGUUUGCUCCCCAACCUCAUGCAACCAAUGUGAAGGUGAUGCUCACAGGCCCACCAUGGUCCUAGCGGGGUGCUUUUCGAGUGCGCACAGCGAAUUCUGACAAGGAAGUACGGAACCCACUGCCGUGCUUGUCUCCUCGAGAAGGAGAGGUCAACGGCUGCCUUGCCAUGUUCCGCUCCAUCCAGCAGAUGAGCGGGCCGAUCGGUGCACAUCUUCGAAUACGAGUUGAGUUGUCUUCCAGGCCGAAGUGAGGAACUUGGUCCUUGAGACUCAUUGAUCAUUUUAGCUCGUUGGGCUGACGACGAUGAAAUUUCGCAUGUACAACAGCAGUCCAUGUUUGUGAUUGGUCGGUUUCGGAUCUUGCGGAGGUGGUAAGCAGAUCUUGGGCAAACAGAUGUCCUCUCAGAUCAGUCUCUCGGUAAGCGCCCGUCCUUGGUCGUGGGGUCCGCCGUUGUCCGGAUCUGUUCACGCCCUACGAGGCUAUUGCAAGCCAUACCACACCGUUGACUGUCUACUGUUUGCUCGGAAUCCGGAAAAGGGACCUUGAUGAGGCCACGAGAAAAUGAUCACCUUGGACACGACCUCCCUAGAAACCAAGGACGGCGCGGCUCCAACAUGGACCAAAGUCCUAGUAAUAGGCGGUGUGACCAGGCUCCCUCAGCGCGUGGGUAUGGCGUUAGAUAGUAGCAUCUCUUGCGCGUGUGUGUAGACUGUCUUCUAGUCUCGAAAGACCUUUACACAGUCAGGCACAGUACAUACGAGAUAGUGAGAAGAAUCGACUAGCA